AACAGAAGAACCACCAAGAGAAUCUUAGCUGUAUGCAACACUCUUUUCAUCUCUUCAUAAAUUCAACCUUUUCACACACUCUUCUUUUCUUCUCUGCACCAAAAGUCCCCCACUGCCAUUACUACAUAUCUUACUUUCUCUCUCUCUCUCACUCACCAUUCACUUCACACAACAACCACAACACACAGAAUCACAGAAUGCAAGCGUCCUCCUCUUUCUUCUUGUUGUUGCUGUUUUUGUCAUGUGCAUUGUCUUCUUCACAACUCUUGUUGUUCAACAGAAGGGUCCUCCAUGAACCCUUUAUUCCUUUGACCUCUCUUCCUCCUUCUGAACCACCAAAACCACCACCUCCUCAUCCUUCUCCUUCAACCUCAAAACCAAAACCCAAAUACCCUUCAUCAUCCAUCAUCCCCACCACCACCAUUUCCUCCACACCAGUACCAACAACCACUACAACCACAACACCAACCCCAUUAACAACACAAUCACCAUUUUUCCCGUUAUACCCCUCUUCUCCUCCUCCUCCUUCUCCGAUCACCUUUGCCUCCUUUCCUGCCAAUAUCUCCUCCCUCAUUCUCCCUCACUCCCCAAAACCCAAUUCCUCCCCCAACAAACUUCUUCCCGUCGCUCUCGCAGCCGUUGUCGCUGCCGCACUCGCCGUCUCUAUCUCUGCCUUCGUCUGUUACCGCCGCCGACGGAACCCUCCCCCCUCCCCAGCAGGCAAAGUUCUCCGUUCCAACACUGACCUCCUCCCACUCCGCCGCAAUGCCGAAACUUCCGUCGAAACACGCAAGCUCCGGCACACGUCCUCCACAAGCUCCGAGUUUCUCUACCUCGGCACUGUCGCGAACUCUCACAUGAUCGAGGACGCCGACGUUGGCGACGGAGACCGGAAAAUGGAAUCCCCGGAGCUCCGGCCACUUCCGCCGCUCGCGCGACAGGCUUCAGUUCCGCCUCCUCCUCCACCCCGCGACGAGGCGGGUUUCACGACAGCGGAGGAGGACGAAGACGAAUUUUACUCGCCGAGAGGUUCGUCGUUGGGAGGCUCCGGUGGAACCGGAUCAGUUUCCAGGCGAGUGUUCGCCGUCGAUCGAAGCGUGACCUCUAGCUCGUGUUCUUCCUCUUCUUCGGGAUCGCCGGAAAGGUCUGUCCUGAACAUGCCGCCGCCGGCGAGUUCGGGUUAUCGGAACACGCUGCCGAAAUCACCGGAAAAUUACAACCACCAGCACGUGCAUUCUUCUUCUUCGAUGUGCUCAACACCAGAUAGGGUUUUUGCUGAACGUGAUAACGAGGUGUUAAGUGCAUGUGUACAUGCACAUGCAGCACCAUCAUCAUCGCAUGAGGGAACGUUGGAGAAAAAUGAAAAUACAUUACCCUCAUCUCCACCACCGAGAUUAUCUGAUGCUUCUUCGUCUUCCGCUUUUUCUCUUCCCUCUUCGCCGGAGAAGGUGACACGUCAUCAUACUUUCGAUCAGUCUCCGAGAAUGUCGAGUGUUUCCGACGGACUGAUGUUACCUGGCUUGUCAUCGGUUCCUUUAUCACCCGCCCUGCUUUCAUCGCCGGAAACCGAAAGAGGAGCUUUCAGUGAAUUGAGAACAGGUUCUUUUGGUGCGCAGAGAAAACACUGGAGCAUUCCAGCACUGUCAAUGCCAAUAACAACACCGUUUGAUGAAAUUGGAACCGUUCCAGGUCCUCCACCUUUGCCACAGAGGAAGCACUGGGAGAUUCCAGGCCCUGCUCCGCCACCACCACCGCCGUUGCCACGGCAGCGGAAGCAGUGGGGAGUUCCAGCGCCGGGUCCGUCAACACCGGUUGGUCAACCGGUGUCAAGGCCACCAGAAUUGGUGCCUCCUUCGAGGCCUUUUGUGUUGCAAAACCAAGCAACCAAUGUUGAGUUGCCGGUGAGUUUGAGGGAAAUUGAAGAGACUGGUAAACCAAAACUGAAGGCCCUGCAUUGGGACAAAGUGAGAACAAGCUCUGAACGUGAAAUGGUGUGGGAUCAGAUGAAGUCCAGUUCGUUUAAAUUGAAUGAGAAAAUGAUUGAAACGUUGUUUGUAGUGAACACACCAAACCCUAAGGCCAAGGAUGCAACUACAAACUCUAUUUCUCACCUGCCAAAUCAGGAGGAAAGAGUACUCGAUCCUAAAAAGUCUCAAAAUAUUUGUAUCUUGCUGAAAGCGCUUAACGUCACUUUAGAAGAAGUGUGUGAAGCACUUUUACAAGGUACUACUGAUACACUUGGAACAGAAUUACUCGAAAGCUUGUUAAGAAUGGCACCAAGCAAGGAAGAAGAACGUAAGUUGAGGGAACAUAAAGAUGACUCACCAACCAAGCUUGGUCUUGCUGAGAAAUUUUUGAAGGCAGUGCUUGAUGUACCUUUCGCAUUUAAAAGGAUUGAGGCAAUGCUUUUCAUAGCCAGUUUUGAGUCUGAAGUGGAUUAUCUUAGGACAUCCUUUCAAACACUAGAGGCUGCCUGUGAAGAGCUGCGACAUUCUAGAAUGUUCUUGAAGCUGUUGGAGGCUGUACUUAAAACUGGGAACCGCAUGAACGUGGGGACCAACCGUGGGGAUGCAGAGGCAUUCAAACUUGAUACUCUUCUGAAGCUGGCUGAUGUCAAAGGCGCAGAUGGAAAAACCACUCUACUGCAUUUUGUUGUACAAGAAAUAAUUCGAACCGAAGGUGCACGUCUCUUUGACACUAAUCAAACUCCAAGCUCUACUACUUUGAACGAAGAUGUCAAGUGUAGGAGGCUUGGUCUACAAGUUGUAUCAAGCCUGAGUUCAGAGCUAUCAAAUGUGAAGAAGGCUGCUACUAUGGAUUCCGAAGUUCUCAGCAGUGAUGUGUUAAAGCUUUCCAAAGGAAUUGCAAACAUAGCAGAGGUUGUGCGGUUAAACCAAACAAUGGGGUCAGAUGAAAGCAGUCAGAAUUUUACUGAAUCAGUGAAGAAAUUCAUCAGAAUGGCUGAGGAAGAAAUUCCAAAAAUUCAAGCCCAAGAAAGUGUUGCUUCCUCCCUUGUGAAGGAGAUUACAGAGUAUUUUCAUGGGAACUUGUCAAAAGAAGAAGCUCAUCCAUUCAGGCUCUUCAUGGUUGUAAGAGACUUUCUAGCAGUUCUUGACCGUGUCUGCAAAGAAGUUGGAAUGAUAAAUGAGAGAACCAUGGUUAGUUCAGCUCAUAAAUUCCCUGUGCCAGUUAAUCCAAUGCUUCCACAACCCCUUCCUGGUUUACAUGAGAGCCACCAAUAUAAUAAUAAUAACAAUACCUCUUCAGAUGAUGAAGCUCCAUCACCUUAGUUACAUCACCCACUAAAGUUACUUUUUGGCUGCGCAUCUUCUCCCAAAACCUGGAACCAGGUGAUUUUUUAUGGAUCUGGCCGAAACUGUUGUAAUUUAUUUUUUCUUGUUAAAUUGUAAAAAUCCUUGUAAUAGACUUCAAUUUAUGUAGUAAAAGAUUUUCUUUGGGGGAGAAAUCCUGGA